CCUGAGAUGACACACUUAGAUGUACACACUCACACAUUCACGGCCUCUCGCUGGGCUCCCUCGCAUGUUUCUCUCUCUUUUAUCGGCUAAAACAGGCUAACGGACCGCUGAACACCGCCGACCGGAACCUGGCCUCUGUUAGCCGCUUCUACGCGUCCACCGGCCGAGGAACAAAGCGGAUAUUCGGUUAACUGACCUCUUCAUGUCGACUAGUUCUCCGUGGUUUCUGGUGGAGAGCUCAUGUAAAGAAGGCUGAGAUUUGCCAUCACUGUGGGCGGAUAUUUACCUACUAGCUAACUAACAUCCAUCGGUGUGUCCAUCCUCACUCUCCCCGGGGGUUUCCAGCAGCCAUGGCCGGAGGAGGACGCGCUGCUCUCGGUCUACUCGCCCUGCUGUGUUCGCUGUUCUACCGCUGCAGCUCCUUCAACCUGGAUGUGGAAAACCCGUCUGUGUUCUCUGGACCGGAGAGGAGCUACUUCGGCUUCUCCGUGGACUUCUUUCAGACCUCAAACAACUUAAAGUCAGACGUUCUGAUCGGCGCUCCUCGGGCGAACACAUCAUCUCCCAGCAGCGUCGUGGAGCGAGGGGUGGUGUACAGCUGUCCCUGGGCUUCUUCUUCUUCCUGCCAGGAGCUGCUGUUUGACAACACAGAUGACCGGACGAACCCAAGUGGAGUUAAGAUGGAGUUUAAGUCCAAGCAGUGGUUCGGAGCAUCAGUACGAUCAGAUGGAGAGCACAUCUUGGCGUGUGCUCCUCUGUAUCAGUGGUCCACACAUGGUUUGUUGGAGAGAGAGCCUGUGGGGACAUGUUUCAUGAAGAAAGGAGACACCGUGGUUGAGUACUCGCCCUGCAGAUCCAACGCCAUGUCUCCUGAGGGUCAGGGUUUCUGCCAGGCCGGGUUCAGCGCUGAUUUCUUGAAGACGGAGAGCAGAGUGGUGGUGGGAGGACCGGGCAGCUUCUACUGGCAGGGUCAGCUGAUUUCUGACGACGUCUCUGAGAUUUUUACCCGCUUUGAGAAGAAGUUCAUCAACUCGUACGUGAACACGCUGACUACAAAGUCUGCCAGCGCUGCUUAUGACGACAGUUACCUGGGAUAUUCUGUGACUGUUGGAGACUUCAAUGAUGACGGAAAAGAAGAUUACGCAACUGGAGUCCCUCGUGGAGAGAAGGCACUGGGUUAUGUGAACAUCUUUAAUGGCCUGAACAUGGAGUCUAUGGUGAACUUCACAGGAACACAGAUGGCUGCAUACUUUGGCCAUUCAGUCGCUGCUACUGAUGUCAAUAAUGACGGUAUGGUGGAUCUUCUGAUUGGAGCUCCUCUCUUCAUGGACCGAGGGUCUGAUGGGAGACUGAGAGAGGUGGGACAGGUGUCUGUUUACCUGGGUAAAGGUGGCUUCUCUUACCACCCUCCUCAGCAGCUCACCGGCUCGGAGGAUUACGCACGAUACGGCUCCGCCAUUGCGGCACUGGGAGACCUGGACAUGGACGGGUUCAAGGACGUGGCUAUCUCUGCUCCCUAUGGCGGUCCAGACCGCUACGGUCUGGUCUACAUCCAUAAUGGCCGUCCACAGGGGCCCGACCCCACACCUUCACAGGUCCUCCAGGGUAAAUGGGCAUCCAGCUACAUGCCUGCCAGCUUCGGAUACUCCAUGACAGGGAACACUGACAUCGACAAGAACGGAUACCCAGAUUUAAUAGUGGGCGUGUUCGGAGCUGAUAAAGCAGUUUUAUACAGAGCUCGCCCUGUGAUCAGCGUGAACGCCACGUUGGACAUGACGCCUCAGAUCAUCAACCCAGAGGAGAAGACGUGCACACUGACUGGAACCUCCACACUAGUUUCCUGUUUCAGGGUGAAGUAUUGUAUUAAGGCCAGCGGACUCAGAGCUCCGCCAACUCUCAGUUUCCGCAUUGACCUGGAGCUGGAUCGCCUGAAGCAGAAGGAAUCAACUAAACGUGUCCGCUUCCUGCAUGAUCAAACGUUUCAUUAUACCAAAACUAUGGUGGUGUCCAAUGGGAGAGGCCCUUCCUGUGAGGAGCAGCUUGUCUACCUGAGGGAUGAUGGAGAGUUUCGGGAUAAGAUCACUCCCAUCUCAGUGGCGAUGGAUUACGCCCUGAACUAUCAGCUGGCUGCUGAUGACACCGGCCUGCUGCCCAUCCUCGACAUGUCCACGCCGUCCAACGUCACCAAGCAGGCUCACAUCCUGCUGGACUGUGGAGACGAUAACAUCUGUAAACCUGACCUGAAGCUGUCAGUGAAGAGUGACCGUGAGGAGAUCUACAUUGGAGACGAUAACGCUCUGACCUUGGGUAUCAUUGCUGAGAAUAAAGGAGAGGGAGCUUACGAGGCUGAGCUGCACGUCUACCCGCCACAGCAGGCCGACUUCACCGGGGUCGUCCGCAGCCAGACCCUGAGCAGACUCUCCUGUGCCUACAAGAAAGAGAACCAGACCAAGAUGGUGGUGUGUGACCUGGGAAACCCCAUGAAGAUGGGAACAGAGAUAAAGGCUGAGCUGAGGUUCAGCGUUCACCAGCUGUCAGAGGAGGACACGUCAGUGAAGUUUGACCUACAGAUUGUCAGCUCGAAUCAGUUCAACAACACAAGUCCUCGAGUGUCCAGCGUCACCAAACUGGCCGUCCUGGCUAAAGUCUCCAUCAGAGGGUCGUCCUCUCCCACUCAGGUUCUUCUUCCCAUCGCUAACUGGAAACCCAAAGAUCCUCCUGUGAGCGGAGACGACGUGGGGCCAGAGAUCAUCCACGUUUACGAGCUGCUGAACAGCGGGCCGAGUACGUUCAGUAAGGCGUCUCUGGAGGUGGAGUUUCCGUAUCACUACAAGAACGACUCCCUGCUCUACAUCAUGGACUUCUCCACUGAGGGGCCGAUGAACUGCACCACGGACAUCAGGAUCAACCCCUCAAACCUGUCGAACCCGUCCUCAGAAAAGAACACCACCGUGGUUCCUCCCGGAGAGCGAGAGGCGGAGGGACGAAAUGCAAACCAGGUCCGCAAAAGGAGAGAGCUGGAGUUGACUAGAGACUCGCAGACCGACCUGCAUACACUGGACUGCUCUACAGCAGACUGUCAGCGUAUCCGCUGUCAGGUGGGUCGACUAGAGAGGAGGAAGAACGCUAUCCUGUUCAUCUACUCCAGACUGACCGUCAACAACUUCCUACGGACGGAGAAUCAGAAUCGUUCCUAUGUGAUUCGAUCGACGGCGUCCUUCAGCGUCAUCGAGAUGCCGUACAAGAACUUGGUGUCUGAGCUGCCGUCCAACAGCACCACAGUGAGCGUAUCCGUCAUGUGGGUGGCGGAGCCUAUUCAGUCAGUCCCCGGUUGGGUCGUGGCUCUGGCGGUGUUGGCCGGUCUGCUGCUUCUCGCUCUGCUCAUCUUCAUCAUGUACAAGCUGGGUUUCUUUAAGCGUGUCCGACCCCCCCAGGAGGACUGCACAGAGAAGGAGCAGCUUCAGCCGGAGGAGAACGGAAACACUGACGCCUAGUGGUCAAAGUGAGGAGUAGCGCCCCCCCCCCCACUGUUGUACAGAACUAUUCAGGGUAACACGGCCGCUUAGACAGAGUCACUGUAUUCACUGUUGGAUGGGAGGAAAUGGUACAGGUGAAAGUUUUCUACCUUUAUUCUGUUCUUUUAUUAGUCGGGUUAUGUUUGUGCCAAACAGACUGAGUCACGCAUGAAACUCUCAGAGGUCAGGUGAUUUAAAUUAAAGGAAUAAUUCAAACUUUUAGUGUUAACCGUACUGGUACUAGUCCAUUUUGGGCCCUACAUGCUCUGAAUUUGAACAAAAACACAGCUGUGCCCAGAGCCUUGAGGAACAUGAUGAACUAUUCCUUUAACUUAGAUCUCUGAGGGUUCAUGGGCCAAAACUUUGAGGUCAUUCCACCAUGAGAAGUUAGAGCUAUCAUGAGAAGUCAAGUGACCCUCAGAGAUUUGAAGAAUUCUCUGCAACAGAAUAGGAGGAGUAUGGCCUAAUUUUUAAUUUGCACAUUUUUGUCCAAAUCCAAAAUUAUCAAAAAUGUCCAAAACUGCUGAUAAAUGAUUAUAUUUUGUUUAUUUUAGGCUAAAUGGGAGCUGCUUGACUUUUAUAAAAAUGGCCUUGCGGGGCCACUGCAACACUCCUAAGCAUGAAAUGUACAUACUGAAUUUAAAAAAAACAGAAAAGAAGAACACAAACACUGAAAAAGUGAAAUAAUUCUGCUAAAGCACACAUGAUUAUUUAAAUUUAGGCCUAUGAUAGUAAGAAAAGCCACAGCCUAUAAUAUCUAAAACAGCAUCCCUGUUAGAAUGACAUGAUUAAAUGUUUGUUCAACAGCAAUAAAAAUUCAGCAAUAAUAAAUCUGAUCUUUCAAUCUUUGAUAUCAGCGAUAAUGAGGACCGCAGUGUCCCUUUUUCUAUGUUUGUUUUUUAUUCUGAAUAAAGUGGGUUUGAUUUUCUUUGAUUUGGGUUGAUGAGAAGUGUUACAGUAAUAUAUUUACCCUGAAAUAUUUUUUAUUUUCUUUGUUUGUUCAUUGGGAAGCUGGUUUCAUUUGUUUCUGCUUUGUUUGAUUUUAUUUUUGGUAUUUUUCUACAAAAACAACGAUGUUAAAAACACAAGAUGGUCCGGCUCAUUUCAACACGGUAAAAUAAUGUUUGAACAGAGGUUUUUAUUCUGGAUGGAAAAUAAUGUUUGGCUGGAAAAUCAAUGAAAGUUCUUGAAUUUAUGAUUCUGAUGUUUAGUCAACAGUUUGCUAAGCUCCUCCUCCUUUCACUGAUGGCCAAUCACAGCUAUCUGUCAGUCUCUGAUGGGCUGUUCUGGUUUUAGAGGGGAAUUCCAACUUUCAGAUCCUCUAUCAACAUUUCAGAAAAUCCUUAUUUUAAUAUUUUUAAUCCAUAAACUAACCCAACCAGCUGCCUGGACACUCGUUACUGUUGAACAUAAAAAAGCAAAAGAGUGUCAUUCACUCCCCGGUACCUGUACCUCUGCCCUCCGGCCCUUUAACCAGGUGUUCACCCAAACAGCUAAAAGACCACGGGGUGCCCCAGCUCUCCCUCCUGCACCCCUAAUGCUCCCGUCCUGUUAGUGGCUAUUAGACUGUACGCCACAGAACGCUAUUACCCACAAUUCUUUUAGUGUUGUGAUGUUUCAAACAGCCAUAGGGGAAACUAAACAGUUGUUUCAUGAAGCCAAGGAGAUAGAGGAGAUGUUUCUCUUUAAAAUAGUUUUCAUCAUAAAACUCGUGAAGCUGAGGUCACUGAUUCACAGCCAACAUUAGAGUUUAGAAAGAUUUCGCAUGUGCAUUUUAUCAAUGCUUCCAGCGUGAACAUGGAAGUGCACUUUUCAGUGAAACUCCCUCAUUGUGAGAAAGUUAUGAAUAAAAAUGUCAGCUGUCCGUUCAGUAAGGAUGCCUAUGAGGUGACAGGACAGAGUCCUCGCAUCAAAAUCGGUCGUAUCGGUCAUAUUGUUUUGAUUGAGAGCCCCCUGGUGGUGGAAUUAUACAGGCUCUGCAUUUACACAGUUGUAGAGAAUAGAAAAAAAAUUGGAACUGAGAAAGCUGUGAGUUUAUGAACUCAAAAACUUCAAUUUUUUAAAGUUUAAGAUUUUUGUCAUUAUAAAGUUGUAAAUUUAACAGAGCUUUAUUAUCGUGGUUGGAUAGACGAUAGUCUCUUCUUAGUCCAGAUAGCAAUGAUAAUCAUUCUGGGAUAAAAAAAAACCAAGUAUUUCUUAUUGAUUAGUCCCAGUUUAAAGGAUAAUCUGAUUAGAGUGCAGGACAGCAGCUUCAUCUGGUUUAAUUUUCUUCAGUUAUUUCAGCUGUAUGCUCUCUAAAAUUCAACAUUUGGCUCUGGUAAAUUUGUGAUUUUUCAAACUUGAAACUUCUACUUUUUUUCAUGUAAAGUUUAGACUUUAAACUUAAAAAUGUAAUAUUAUUUUCUAAGUUUCUAAGUUUUUAAAUGUUUUCAAAGUGGUCCUAAUAUGUCUUCGUUCACUUCCACAAAUGUGCUCUGUAAGGAAAACCUGACGGUUAAAAUGCAGGAGACAAGUAGAGGACUGUGGGUAGCGUAGUUCGUAAGCUGUUCUAGACUGGCAGCCAUAGCAACAGCAAUGAAGGGGAGGGGCUUAAUAAACAGUCAGUUGGUUACUGUUUGUCUUUCCCGCCCUGCACUGAGGCUUCUUUGACAUUAAAUGAUUUUUUUAAAGUAUUUAGAACUUUUCAGAGUCAUAAAUCAAAGCUUUGGUCGCUGUUUUUAUGUCUGUGUGAUGAAGAGAAUGAGAGAGUGUGAAUAUAUAAAAUAGAAUCUUUGCUAUGAAUUCACCCAUAUUGGGUUUACAUCCUGAGUUAAUGUAAAAGGUUGGUGAUCAUUUAUAAUAUAGUAAUCAUAUUAAUAACUCCACAGCACUCCUAGGUUAGCUUGCUAUGUCAUUUUUCAUGUUAUUCACUGCUUUAUGUUGUUCAUGUAAUACCAUCUGCUACCACAAGGUGUCACUAUUUCAUUUUAAUAUUGUGUUCAGUAUCUCUUGGCUUAAAUAUAGAAUGAGGAAUGCAGUUAAAAUGUCAAACUUUUCCUUUAAAUCAUGAAAAUCUGGAUUUAGAAUGACUGGAAAUAUUAUUUUUCUUUUAUUUUUCAUGUUUUUAAGAAGAAACAAUCAAGUUAGACAAACUAGAGCUUUAAACCUGCAGUUUCCACAGAUCCCUGUCCAUCCUGUUCCAUCUUCACCACGGUUUUGCUCCAGUGUGCACCUUUGCCCACUUGAUCCUUUUCUGGCACUCAGCACAGAAGCAUUAAAAAUGUUGGCUUUAAAUUGUGCUUGGUUCUCUAGCACAACUAACAGGACAGACCAGGAUGAGCUCAGGUAGGGUCGGACUAGAAUUACGGGGUCUGAUCUGAGCUCUAACGUGGAUUUAUUCAUGCUGGCAACAAGCUUUGUUCAAAUAGACUGAGUGUUCCACAUCCUGUGGUCUUAAUCCAGAGAUGGACUAGAACAGGCUGUGGUCCACUCUGGACUACAGGAGAGAACGUAGUGCAGACAGGGUUUGUGGAAAUGCAGGUUAGUUUUUAAGAGUUUAUUUUCCAUAUAUUCAGCUGUUACUGGAGAGAUUCAACAAGUUUGUCUUCAUGGUUUAAAAUCUGAGUUCUCACCACAGCAGGCAGUCUUUUUACUGAAGCCCUAACAUGUUAAACACCAGAUAGAGCUCUUUAGAGUUCGUAACAAACUAAAUACUUCUCUGUCCAGCUAUGAAGGCUAAUAAUGAGAAGGUUAGGAGCUCAGUCAUGCAGAUUUCUUCUGAACAAUAUCAGAUUGAUCCUCAGUGAACACAUUUCUCUCCACACUGUUCAGAUUUUGGAUAAUUCUUUAGGUGUCCUGGACUGACGCCCAUUCAGUUUAAAAUGUCCUGGGUUUAUUCAAGAUCAGUGAAACUGAUCCAAUCAGAUCUGAUGUGUCAUCAGUCCUGCUGCCUGCCUGCUGUUAUUUCACUUUGAUAUUUAACACCACUUUCUGUCUGUAUGCCAUGACAAAAAGCCUGAAACUAUUUUAUGAUGUAUGUAUUCUUUCACCCAGAAAUUAAAUUUAACUGUUUGAUACGGCGAUGGAUUCACUGAGCUGAAAUAAACCCGUCUGGUCACA